CUUUAAAGCUUAAUUAUAUACGCCCGUGAAGCUUCUGUCUCCGUCCAUCGCAGCGUUACUUGUCUUAGAUGUAACAUAAAACAAGCGCACCCCACUACUGUGCUGAGGCAGUGCGGAAGUGUUUUAAUGAACAUUUCCUAAACAUUGCUGAGCAGAGGACAGAGCUGGUGCCCUGGGCUCGGGGGAGAUGGUGCCAGGUGUGUCCACAGACGGCAGCACCACCAGCUUCACUCCUCUGGUGGUGCUGGAGCUCGCCUCUGACACCAAGCAGGAGGCCAUCGCGUGGCUCCUGAGCAGGAUCAGAGACCCGCAGCGGACUGGAGGCGCUGAGCUGCUAGUGGAGCAGCUGGGCCCCGGCGAUGGGGGCUCAGAGAAGGAAAACCCCAACCUAUUCUUGGUGGGGGCCACAUGGGAUAGGCUGCUCUCUGGGGCUGAGGAGGUGGGCCUCUUCAAGGAGUUCAGUGAUGGAUCCAUGAGAGGCUUCACCUGCGCCAACAAACACAACUUCAAACACUUUGAAGGGGACGGGGACUCCUUCCUCACAAUGGCUGAGUGUCAGUACAUCAUCAAACAUGAGCUCGACACACUCCGGGCCAAAGAUGAGACUCAUGUCCCAGGACACCCCCGGGCCAAGCUGUACCCUGGGAAAUCUAUCAUUCGCAGACUGCAGUCCAAGGGGAUCCUGAUCCAAGUGUUUCCACUCCACGAGAAAGAGGAACUUAAGAGGCUGUCUUACGCUUGGUACCAGAAGAUGAAGUUGUCCUUUCAGCCUCUGGAUGACAUCAGACACUACUACGGCGAGGGUCAGGCGCUCUACUUUGGAUUCCUGGAGUACUUCACCUUCGCCCUGGUGCCUUUGGCUAUGAUUGGCGUGCCUUACUACCUGUUUGACUGGGAGAACUACGACAAAUACGUCGUCUUUGCUGUGUUCAACUUGGUCUGGUGCACUGUUAUCCUGGAGUUAUGGAAGCGCUGCAGCACCUCUCUAGCCUACAGCUGGGGCACGCUGAGCAGGAAGAAAGCCUUCGAAGAGCCUCGCCCCGGUUUCCACGGCGUGCUCGGCUUCAACCCCGUGACGGGCCGCGAGGAGCCCCUCUACUCCAACACCAAGAGGCAGCUGCGCAUCUACCUGGUGUCCCUGCCCUUCGUCCUGCUCUGCCUCUACCUGUCCCUCUACGUCAUGAUGAUCUACUUCCUGAUGGAGGGCUGGGCGCUGUCCGUCCACGACGAGGAGCCCACGUUCUGGACGGGGAUCCUGCUGUUCAUCCCAAGUGUUAUCUAUGCUGUCGUCAUAGAGAUCAUGAACCUGGUGUACAGAUACGCUGCUGAGUUCCUCACUGAGUGGGAAAACCACAGGCUGGAGUCUUCCUAUCAGAAUCACCUGGUCCUCAAAGUAUUAGUAUUCAACUUCUUCAACUGCUUCGCCUCGCUCUUCUACAUCGCAUUCGUGAUGCAGGACAUGGUGCUGCUCCGACAGAGUCUGGCCACCUUGUUGAUCACCAGUCAGAUCUUGAAUCAGGUCAUGGAGGCCUUCCUGCCCUACUGGCUCCAGAGGAGACGCAACAAGAAGAUGAUGCGUAAGGUCCAGAAGAGAAAAGCCAUGGCUGACGCAGAGCUCCCUCUGGCUGAGCAGGUCCGGCUGGAGGCCGACAUGAGCACGUACUUGGGCACCUUUGACGACUACCUGGAGCUGUUCCUGCUGUUCGGCUACGUCAGUCUGUUCUCCUGCGUCUACCCUCUGGCUGCUGUGCUGGUGGUGCUGAACAACAUCACAGAGGUGUACUCUGAUGCCUUCAAGAUGUGCCAUGUAUUCAAACGGCCCUUCUCUGAGCCGGCGGCCAACAUCGGAGUUUGGCAGCUAGCAUUUGAGGCCAUGAGCGUGAUUGCUGUGGUGACCAACUGCUCGCUGAUCGGCAUGUCUCCACAAGUCAAGGCCUACUUCCCCGAGUCAGAGAUGCAGCUGAUCCUGUGGACGGUGGCUAUUGAGCACGGACUGCUGGCCUUCAAGUUCAUCCUGUCCUUCAUCAUCCCAGACGUCCCCAAACACAUCCAGAUCAAGCUCUCCCGCCUGGAGUUCGAAUCCCUGGAGGCCCUCAAGAAAAAAAGGCAGCUCUAUGUAGGAAAAUGCUUGAAGCCUCAGAGCUCACUAAGGGGAUCCAGUAAGGAGGUGAGGAGGCAAGGAGGUGAGGAGGCAAGGAGGUGAGGAGGCAAGGAGGCGAGGAAGAGUUAAUGGACCUCCGGCCUCCGCUGCACACAGCUUUAACACAUCACUCCCUCGUAUAUGUUUCUUACGCUGCUUAUAUGCACUGCAUCGCUGGAUGGAGACUGCGUGUUUCACUGUCUGUAAUCACGGUUCAUAUUACAGUGCAUUAACGGUUUAUGUUGGGGGGGGGGUGGGGGGGGGGGGGUUUGAAGUCCCAAAUGAUUGCUGCAAUAUUAAUUAAUACUGGGCUUUGGGAUUAUGCAAAUGUUAAAGUUCUAACUCUGAGUUGAAGGGGAUGGUGUGAACACAGGAAAGCAAACGUUCAGGGUUAAAGGUCAUCGGCAGGGAGACAGUGGCCAAAAGAUUCUAAUAAGAAACCAAACGCAUAAUUAUAAUGUAUGUAAUUACUACUUGAGUGGGAUGUCCCACUCAAUUAAAAUACAGAAUUCUAUUGCUCAAAAAUAUAUAAUAUGUUGUUGCUCAGAUUUAGUUUUUUUUUGUUCAAAAAACAUAGUAACUAAAUCUACCUUGAGCACAGCGUUUGAAGUUGGAGCUUUAAAUUUUAAUGAAUGACUUUGAAGUUGCUUUCUUGGAAUAGAAACCAUAUAAAAUCAGAUUUUGGAAUAUAAAGGUUUUACUUCCCUUAAAUCAGUGGUUUAUAGAUUUCAAAUGGAGGUGUUAUGUAGGGAUUAAAUCCCACUAUUCAGUAUUCAGAAGCUUAUAAAAUAAUAAAAUAAUGCCUCAGACUGAUCAAGACAGACAGGCUGUGUGUUGGGCCUUUACCUCAGGUGUAGACGAGUACUCAGUGCCUUGAAAUGCAACGCCUAUCUCUUUGUGUGUUUCUGUGUUUACAUGUCCUAAUAAUGUAUUUCAGUGGUGAUGGGAAUAAAGCAGAUUAAAAGCUUCUAAACAAGAAAA